ACGUACAUACGAUUUGAUUUGAAUAUUAUAGGUCAACCAUUAACAAAAUCUAUAUGGGGCUAAGGUGUCAUAUGAAAAGGAAUAAUACAAACGGGUUGGUGUGGUGGGUUAGAAGAAUGUUCAUAACCACCUCAACUACACACUAAUCUGGUAUUUAUGGUUUAAGCCGAGCUAAACCAUACAUAAGCCACAUACAUAAACUGCAACCACCACCACCACCACUCCACAAGAGAGGUUCACCAAACUUGAUCCGACCUUUAUUACCGAUUUGCCCUCUUGAAACUUAGGCUAAGUAACAUGUAUAAAUAUACAAAUGCAUUGGAGGGAGUUUUGUAGUAGUCUUCGAAAGCAUUCCAACAUGUCUUGCAAAGGAGAGAUUGUGGUUGGUGUGGAGGAAGGAUUGUUUCUUUUGCCUUCAAACUUAUUCAAUGAACUCUUUCUUGAUUGUAUCGGUCCAUUCCCACAGAGUAAUAGAGGAGAUAGCUACCAAUAUCGGAAGCCAAGAAUGUGGGACACGUUGAACCAGUACGGUUCCAUGGACGACAGGUCAAGAAAGUGUGCAGGUGCAUCGCAAGUUAAGCCACGAGGCACUGGAGUGUUUCUUCCUGAGAGGCCGGUGAGUAACUCAGAAGAGAAGAGACUCACGAAGAAGCCAUGCCCUCUCACCUCCUCUCAUUCUAGACAAGUCUUUCUUCCCAAGGAAUGGGCUUAUUAGCUAGUAAUUAACAAUAAAUUACUUUGUGUAUACUAUACAACGCUCUUAAACAAAUAAGUUUGUACUGUCCUUCUCUAGAGUAGGCACCUGUAAAAUAGUAUUGGGUAUGGUUCCUCAAUAAUGCUUGCUUUCUCCCCUC